AUGUUUGAUUGUAAGGGAAAUUUAGGCCAUCGGCAAAAAAAUUCAAGAAAAAAAGCAUUGAUUACAUAAAGAAAAGUAUAGAUAAUGUGGAUGAUUAAUUUCAAAAUACUGAAAUAUAUUUAAAUGAUAUGUUUCAACAUCAUAAGGUUUAUUAAUGAUUAUAUUAAGCUAUUAUCCAUCAAUAUACUUCAUCGAAUUUCUCUAAACUAGGGAUGUUGA